AUGGGGACCACGACAUCCUCAGAACCCAACCCACCCCCACCACCCCCGCCACAGGACCCAACACAAGAGGAAGACCCCUGGGAUGACCCCCCGCCUCCCCAGCCAGACCCAGGUCAAGGUCAAGGUCUAGGUCAAGGACCAAGGCCGGAACGAGACUACGACUAUCUGGUCAACUACGACGACUAUGGCUAUCCCAUUGAAUAUGACGAGGACGGCCGCCCCAUGACCCCCGACUACGAGUAUGACGAGUACGGAGAACCGUUGCCCUACUACCCGAUGUACCCGCCCAAAAUGCCGCCGGAACCCGAGCAGAAGUUCCACUACCCGGACGACGGCUACGACUACGACAACGACACCUACACCUGGACGACCGUUGAGAGCCCGCCCCCUCCCUCCCCGGAGAGCAGUGAUGAGGUACAGGAGAAAGAUGACUCCGGAGACGACCUGUCCAUGGAGGAUGUCCACGACUUUAACUGGCGACCUUUUGUACCCGUGGUGCCUAAAGAUGAGGCCAGGGCGCAGCUCAAGUCGGGAGGAGAGGUAAAUUAUAAGUCUGGUGCUCACUUUCUACUAGCUGACCAGCAAAAAAAAUAUGACGAGGACGGCCGCCCCAUGACCCCCGACUACGAGUAUGACGAGUACGGAGAACCGUUGCCCUACUACCCGAUGUACCCGCCCAAAAUGCCGCCGGAACCCGAGCAGAAGUUCCACUACCCGGACGACGGCUACGACUACGACAACGACACCUACACCUGGACGACCGUUGAGAGCCCGCCCCCUCCCUCCCCGGGUAAGAGGGGAGGUAAGCUGUUCGAGGGAGGUCUUCGCGGAGAGUUCCAGAAACCAACGACGAGCAAAGGGUACGACCCCGGGGAGGAGGCAGACAGCGAGGGAGAGGACGAGGAUGGACAGAAGAAGGAGUCGAGAGGAGGAGGAGGGGAAGGAAUACCGAAUCCUAGUCAGAAAA